GGCAAAGUUAACUGGAUCAUCGAUGUAUACACUCAAGUACUAUCUCGCACAGCUUAUGAUGAAAUUGCCUGGCAAGGCUUGCGAUUCCUGAAGUUUGGGUCCCAGCCUUCUUUUAACUUGUGCAGCCUGGCGGCUGCCAGGCUGUGCUCAACGCUGAUAGCAUAAAAGGCUUGAUCCAUAGCUGCUAGCGACUUUGGAGUUUGAAGACCACACGUGUGCUUUCGGCGAUCCUAGGCAUUUCUAUAAGUCGUCGCCACACCUUCCUGCGCAAUGGACAGUGAGCUGGCUUCUGUGGGGCGCCUGAACUGGGCCGAUGAGGUCGAUGAGUUGGACAAGAGCCGGGAGGCAGAGGCGGCUUCACAGUCCCCGCCGGAGCCCUCCGCCCGGCCGCAGCAGCUCCACAGCCUCGUGUUUGGCGGCGUGCCGGACGACUUCGAGCCAUGGGAGGUGGACCGGAUGAUGGCAGAUCUGCUGCCCGCCGUACGGGUGGUUGACCGAAGGCGGUUGCCUGGGCAGGCGGUUUACGAGCUGGACGUCACGAGUCGGGAGGAUGCGGAGGCGGUGUGCGACCGACUGAACGGGAUUGAGAUCCAAGGAAAGCGGGUAUGGGCUCAGCCUCUGGACGUCCCUGCACCUCGAAACUACGGAGGGUACGGCGGUUCCUCGUACGGACGGGGUCGUCCUGGGCCGCCUGGUCAGUACGGAGCAGGGCACGCCGGGUACGACAAUGGGCCGUACGGAGCGGUGCCGUACGGCGCCGGACGUGGGCAGUACGGUGAUCGCCCGCCGUACCCUGGACACCGGGACUUUCCCCCUGGCAGGCCCUCAGACAUGGGCCCCUACGGCCGCGGCGCCCCACGCGACUUCAGCCCCCCUCGCGGACCCGGCGGAGGACCCACGGGUCGGCGGCCCAGCAGCCGGGAUGAG